AUGGCUACAAGUACAAGACCAUCUGCUGCACAAGAAGCGUUAUGUACAACAGAUGAAAAGGCAAAUUUCCAGAGGUUGACACGGCUUCUGAUGCGUGGAGGACUCGCACUGUUAAGGGAAGUGUUUGAUGCUAUCUAUCCACCAGUUAACCUUCCAGUUGUGCUCGGUAACCCUGCCAUAAAGACGCAGCUCCAAAGUCUGAGAAGAAUCAGGGUGCUCAGCCAAACCGAAUGGGACUACCUCUACAACUCAAGUGGGCCAGGAAUGCAUGGAAAAUCGGCCGAUUUUGAUAUCAGCUUACUUUGUAAAUUGCUUCGAGCAAUAUGCAACCUCACUCCUCCUGCUACCGGAUGGGACAUUUUGCCUAACAGCACUGAUCACAGUCUUGAGGCAGACUUAGUUAGAAUUAAAUUUUACCGUAACAAAAUUUAUGGUCACAACCACAGCAUGGAGAUGACAAAUACUGAUUUUGAGAAGCUUUGGAGGGAAAUCAGUGAGGCCCUAUUGAGAAUUGCUAGCAGCAUAAGUAGUGCAAAGAGGGAUGAGUGGAAGAAGUCCAUCGACAAGUUUUUCCAUGAACCAUUAACACCAUAUGCAAAGGAAUGUGUUGAUGAACUGCAAGGGUGGUACUUAAUGGAUAUGGAUACUAAAAAUAAGCUCGAAAAGCUAGAUACAAUGAUGGAGCAAUUGCAACUUAUACAAGAACAAAUGAAAAGUGAACAAAAACAAAUGAGAAGUGAACAAGAACAAAGAUACAUGGAAAUUCUAAUUGCAAUUAAAAGUCUUAAGGCAAAUGGGUCAGCUAAUAGUUCAUCCGCACAAGUGGAAGGCGACGAAAUGCCAAUUGAAAUUCUGGAGACACGUGUACCUAUACCCCCAGAGCAGUCAUCAGCAGAAGGUAUUGCUGGUCUAUCCACAAGCACGGAACUGCAAAAUAUUCCAGUAGCUCUUGAUUUCUGGUAUGUUGUUUGUUCAUUCAAGAGGCCAUUAGAACUCUUAAUCCGAUACCUGAAAAUAAAGCUUGGAGUUGACGUUCAAAGCUGCAGACUAGGAAGCUUUGUCAUAACAGUGUCCUGCAGUUCUUUAGCAGUCCUUGAGGCAUUGUGGAACGAAUAUCGGACAGGCCGUCUUAACGAAGUGGUUCAAGAUACGCUUGUAACGCGAGAGGUUCUGGAAAAGCUUGAACUCAGUGAGGUAAAACUGAGAACCAUUAUUUCAGAGGAAGACUACUUGUCAUACAAAGAUUUUUUGAAAAACAGAUCAGGUAAUGAUGAGAUAGGUACACAUUCAUACAGUACUGAACUAAGCUAA